GGAAUAUGGAAGUUUACUCAGAAGAGUGGAUAGGUUCUGGUUUGACAACGGAGCAAAGCUGGUAACGUCUUUGUCCUCGCCCUCGUCUCGAGGUCAAGCAUCAGCAUCUCUCUCUGUCUCUCUAUGAGUAUGAAUUCUUGAAUGGAAAACAAAACUUAGAAAGGAUUGUUGGAGAUAUACUUGUUUACUGUUUAUGAAACCCUGGUUUUGAUUUGGUGGCAUAUUUGAUACACAUUUAUCUACACAAGAGAAUGGUUUCAAGUGAUAAUGGAGAGUUCCUAGUGGAGAUUCAAGAAGAAUUAGGGCAAGGUGGUGUGACAAAUGGCAAUGGAACUGAGGACCAUGACUCUCUUAACAUGCAGACUUCUCAAAAGGGGUUAGUAGGUGAAAAAAAGGACAAGAAUAAAUUUUUCAGUAUGUUCAAAAAUAAAGCUGGAUUUGAGAAGGUCAGGUCUCUUAGUAAGUUGCCUUCGACAAAGUUUCGUCAAAUUGCAGAAGGAAGAGAUGAGAUGUCACGAUCGGUUUCUUCCACUGAACAGCAUCCUCGGCAUCAUUUUCAUCUUCCCUUUGUUAGGAAAAUCAAUUGGCCAUUUUUGAUGGAGCUGUGUAAGCAAUGGAUAAGAAAUCCGAUGAACAUGGCACUUUUUGUCUGGAUUUUGUGCGUUGCUGUGUCCGGUGCGAUUCUGUUCAUGGUUAUGACUGGGAUGUUGAAUGCUGCUCUGCCGAAGAAAUCCCAAAGAGAUAGCUGGUUUGAAGUAAACAAUCAAAUCCUAAAUGCACUUUUUACUCUCAUGUGCCUUUACCAACACCCACAGAGGUUCUACCAUCUUGUGCUUUUGUGUAGAUGGAGGCAGAAGGACAUUCUAAAACUGAGAAACAUAUACUGUAAACAUGGAACAUAUAAGCCCCACGAAUGGAUGCAUAUGAUGGUUGUAGUGUUACUUCUCCAGCUUAAUUGUUUUGCACAGUAUGCCUUAUGUGGCCUUAACUUGGGAUAUCCAAGAGAGAAAAGGCCUGCCAUUGGAGUAGGGAUAUGCAUUUCUGCAGCAUUUGGCGCAGCAGCUGCUGCCAGUGUAUAUAAUAUUCUUAGUCCUCUUGGGAGGGAAUAUGAGACUGGAAUAGAUCAGGAAGCAUCUGUUCAGGCCACUGCUGCUGGUAUUAGCCAACCAGGUUCUCUCCGGCUUAAGUCUCUAGAAAAGAAAUACUCUUUUGCAGUAAGAGAAGACAGCAGGGUCCCAGAAAACAAACCAGUAUGGAUAGGGGGACUGACUGAUUUUUGGGAUGAUAUCUCUCUAGCCUAUCUUUCAUUGUUCUGCAGCUGUUGUGUCUUUGGAUGGAACAUGGAGAGGCUUGGUUUUGGUAACAUGUAUGUCCACACUGUAACUUUCCUUCUAUUUUGCGCAGCUCCCUUCUUUAUAUUCAACUUGGCAGCUGUUAACAUCAACAAUGAUGCUGUUCGAGAGGCAUUGGGGAUUAGUGGUAUUGUGCUUUGUAUAUUUGGUUUGCUAUAUGGUGGCUUUUGGAGGAUUCGAAUGAGGAAGAGAUUCAACCUCCCAGCUUAUACAUCUUGCUGUAAUAAUCCAUCAGUGACAGAUUGUUUCAUGUGGCUUUGCUGUUGCUCAUGUUCACUUGCGCAAGAAGUAAGGACGGCAGAUUCCUAUGAAAUUGUGGAAGAUAAGUUUUUCAUGAAGCAAACAGAUCCCGAUGGGCAAGUGACAUUGUCUCCUUUACCACGGGAGGAUGGGUUGCCUCUGUUCACAUCAAAUCCUGGCUCUCCAUAUAGGAGCACAUCGAGCCCUCCAAUCUUUAUAUUGAGUUCGCUGAGUCCCAGUAGACUUUCAGGUGCAUAUACUCCAGAUAGGCAGUUGCCAACGGUCGAUGAAGAUUCUCCCACAGCAAAAGCCAAUACAAUGAAACCACCUACUCACCCUAAGAUUCACAGAGGAGAUAAUCCGGCAGCAUAGCUUUUGCAGCAAGAGGAUUGAGGUAUGUAAUUGUGAGCAUGUUUAGUAAAACCGGUAUGUCUUAUAUUUCUUCAUUAUGUACAUAACUCUUACUUGUGUGGCUAUCUAUAAACAUCCUCUGGUGUUGUGCUGAAAUUUUAAUUUUGAUUUUUUUUCCUGCUAUUCAUUGUAUCUUUGUAAAGUUCUUCA